AUGAGUGAUACCUCGUCAUCAGAUUCUUCCCCCUCCAGUCCGAUAUCCGCAGACCCCUCGUCUCAACAAACAACACCAGAGCAGAGCCCAGAAUGCUCUCCCACAUCCGCGUAUCGGCCGGCCCUCUCUAACGCCUUGGGCGUUGCAGACGGAAUUGUCCGUGAGCAGCAGGUCGUCGCCAUGAUAGGCGAGACGGACCACUUGUACGACUUCCUCAGAUCCGAAUGUCUGUCUCGAAUGAACAUGAAGCAGGAAAUUGAGGCCUUACGGGCAGAUAAGGACGACGCCCGGAGAGAAGCUGCAGAGGAGCGAUCGCGCGCGAAUACACACGAAAGGAGCUUGACGGAUGCAAGAAAUGACGCUGCACGUUUUGAAGAACAGCUCGAGGCUGCUGAGGAACAGCAUAGGAUUGCUAUAGAGGAGAGAGAUACAGCCACUGGCCAACUGCAAGAUAAAAUUCAGCAACUCAUCCAAGCGGAGGAUAAGCUCCUAGAGGGUCGAACAGCACUUCGAUCCCUCAUUGAGCACCUCGCAAGGACGGAGAAUGAGAAGGGUGAGCUCCGGCAACAGCUCGAUGGAGCAAGAGAGCAGCUUAUUACUAUGGAGGGUAAUCUGGAUGAGCGCACACGGAGCAGUGAGAGGUAUCAAGUAGAACUCUCCGAUCUUCAGGUCCGCUUUGAUGAAGAGGAGGCUCGAAGAGUGGCUGUCGAAGAGCACCUCAACAAACAGGCCGACGAGCUAGAACAAAGCAGAAAAGAGCUCGACAAUGAGAGGAGCAGAAGCUCUCAGCUGCAGUCGGAACUAGACCGAGCGAGGACAGAGCUUGUGGCCAUGGAUGCCUUGCGCUCAGAGACCGAUGGGCUUCGAGAGAAGAACAGAGCACUUGAAAAUGAGACUGUACAGCUACGAAACGGACACGGCCUGCUUGAGCGUGGAGUCCAUGACUUAAGAGAACAGCAAAGGGCAACUGUUGCUGAGCUCGAGACAGUACGUACAGGUCUACGAAACGAGCAGAGGAGGUCAAGGCAGCUACAGGAUAUAGCAACGAACCUCCAGGGAGCUCGCGAGGAGCUAGACAAUGAGGUUCAACAACUCAGGGUACGAAAUGGAAGACUUGAAUCCACCAAUUCUAACCUUCAACUCACCAACGGCGCCCUUGAGGGAGAAAACCGUGCCCUGAAAGUGGAGUGUGCCGCGUUCAAAACUCAGGCCAACGAUCUUCAAACCAGGAUAGAUCAGGAAGAUGCCGAAAGAGCGAGGGCCCCUCGCUGUCUAGGGAUUGUCAAAGGGAGACAUUCCUCUCGAAAAGUGGCUAUCUGUCAAAAGAGACCGAUCGCCAUGUACAAGACUCAUCCUAUACGACCAAUGUUCAGGAUGCCUAUAACCGCAUAA